ACUACGCUCACUUCUAUCCGUUUCUUGGCUUCGGUGGUUCGGGAAGGGGUCGAGCCUCGUCGUCUCGAUCGAAGGGGAGAGCGAGGAGGGCGAUGGCGGCGCCGAAUUGGAGCGAGACGGCGAUGCUCGUCAUCGAUAUGCAGAACGAUUUCGUGCUGCCGGAGACGGGGAGCCAGUUUAUUGUUUCCGGCGGCGAAGCUAUCGUCGCAUCCGUGAUCCAGGCCGUAGCAAUCGCCCGGGAGCGUGGCAUUUUGGUGAUUUGGGUUGUUCGAGAACAUGACCCUUUAGGAAGAGACGUUGAGCUUUUCCGCAGGCACUUCUAUUCUGAUGGUAAAGGGCCAACAGCAAAGGGUUGCAAGGGUGCAGAACUAGUUGAUGGGCUUGUAAUCAAAGACAGAGACUAUAAGUUGGUGAAGACACGCUUUAGUGCAUUUUUUGCCACACAUCUUCAUUCUCUUCUGCAGAGCUGUGGAAUCAAGAGUUUGGUUGUUGUCGGAGUUCAAACCCCAAAUUGUAUCAGGCAAACUGUAUUUGAUGCUGUUGCUCUAGAUUACCAUCAUGUAACUGUCAUUGUAGAUGCAACAGCUGCUGCUACUCCUCAAAUUCACUAUGAUAACAUCAGAGAUAUGAAAAAUAUAGGAGUGGCUACACCGACACUGCAAGAAUGGUUGCAGCUGUGAUGUUUCAUUAUGCAAUUAUGUAGAUCCUGUUAACAUUUGAUGUGUGAUUUGCUAUCUUCGUUUGUAAGAAUGUCCCCUAAUAUAUCUUCAUGCACUUGUACAAUUAAGCGUAAUGGUUCUAUGAGCAACCAGAGUUGUCUCUCUUGA